AUGUCAGUACGCGCCUCGCAGAAUAGACACAGCAGAGAUAGACUGGAAGGUCCUUCUGCCCAGAAGACUUCAUCUGCGAGUGGCCUCACUCACAGCAGACCACUUAAACUGCCCUUGAAGUCACACACGUCAGAGUGUGAAAACUGUGAUCCGUUACUGGGUGCUGGACGUAAAGCCAGAGACAUAAAUAGUACUUACGUUAUCUCCGCCUGUAAAAAAACAACAGAGCCGCCUGUUCCCCCGGACCCCAGCCGACUGAGCCUUCAGAGAAGACCUACUUGGAACAAAGAAUCAUCUUUACUUGGCAGUGAGGCGGGAGACACUACUAGGAAAACAGCUGAUACGAGUCUCAGGUUACAACGUCGUCACGCGAAAGCAGAUUUUGUGGGAAAGUGGGAAACGUCAAAUACUGUGGAAGGAGGUAACGCAGAAAAUAACUGUGAUGCACAGGAAACAAGAACAGGAGGAAAGCUUUUAAGUCAUGACACUUACGUCCCAUCGUCUGUAGUUUCCGUGAAAGACUCAGAUGACACUGGAGUGAUGGUUGGUGAGAAAUGCAAAGAUAUAUUUCCUGCCCUUAGUGCCUCCAAUGAAAAUAAGACAGCUAAGAACCCAAGCAGUAGACCGCCUGUUGGCACCCAGUGUCAGGCUGAUGCUGUGAGAUCAGGUCACUUAGCAGCGAAACCAACUGAGAGCAAGCUGGAUGUCAGAGUGUCGGCAGCAGGAAGUACACACCACGGGAACGCCGGGAAGGACAUUGCAAAAAACGCCAGUAAGUUUGGAAGCUUAGAAACAAGGACCCCCGUGAAAUGUGUUCCAGAACACAGACUGGCACCAAGGCAAGACAUGCCUCCACCUAAAAGCCCAGCCAUAUCAAUGCUGAAAAACAGGAUGGCGAGCCCUCGGGUUACACCACGGCCAAAAAGUUCUCUUCUUACACAUAAAAGGGAAAGAUCACAAGAAAGUACACUCCUUCCAGAAGACAAAACCUUUACAGAAGCAGACACCUUAAGAGUAGAAAACAGUCACGUGACAGUGGCUGUGCGAGUAAGGCCUUUCAGCAAAAGAGAGAAGACUGAGAAAGCGUCCCAGGUCGUCUUCACCAAUGGCGAGGAAAUAACGGUGGAACAUCCCGACAUGAAGCAAAUGUAUUCUUUUACUUACGACAUUUCGUUUUGGUCUUUUGAUGAGCGCCACCCUGGCUACGCCAGCCAGACAACUGUGUAUGAGGCCCUGGCGGCACCUCUACUACAAAGAGCUUUUGAAGGCUACAACACCUGUCUCUUCGCCUAUGGUCAGACCGGCUCUGGAAAGUCCUACACAAUGAUGGGACUUAAUGAAGAGCCAGGAAUAAUUCCGAGAUUCUGUGAAGAUCUCUUUGCUCAAGUAGCCAAAAAACAAGCGCCAGAGGUUAGCUACCAUCUUGAAAUGAGCUUCUUUGAAGUUUAUAAUGAGAAGAUUCAUGACCUUCUGGUUUGUAAAGGUGAAAAUGGGCAGAGAAAACAACCACUGAGAGUGAGGGAGCAUCCUGUUUCUGGACCAUAUGUUGAAGCUCUGUCAAUGAAUGUUGUCAGUUCCUACUCUGAUAUUCAGAGCUGGCUGGAACUGGGAAAUAAACAGAGAGCAACUGCGGCUACCGGCAUGAACGACAAAAGCUCCCGGUCUCACUCAGUCUUCACCCUAGUGAUGACCCAGACCAAGACUGAAUUUGUGGAAGGGGAAGAACACGAGCACAGGAUCACGAGCCGCAUAAACCUGAUAGACUUGGCUGGCAGUGAGCGCUGCUCUACAGCCCACACGAGUGGGGAGCGACUGAAGGAAGGCGUGAGCAUUAACAAGUCCUUGCUAACUUUGGGGAAGGUCAUAUCUGCACUCUCUGAGCAAGCAAGCGGAAAGAGGGUCUUUAUCCCAUACCGUGAAUCCGUUCUUACGUGGCUACUAAAGGAAAGCCUGGGUGGGAAUUCAAAGACGGCGAUGAUUGCUACCGUCAGCCCUGCUGCCAGCAACAUAGAGGAAACGCUGAGCACGCUUAGGUACGCCACCCAGGCCCGUCUGAUCGUCAACAUUGCCAAAGUAAAUGAAGAUAUGAACGCAAAGCUAAUUAGAGAACUGAAAGCAGAAAUUGAAAAGUUGAAAGCUGCUCAGAGAAACAAUCGGAAUAUUGACCCUGAACGGUAUAGACUCUGCCGACAGGAGAUAACAUCCCUAAGGAUGAAGCUGCAUCAGCAGGAGAGAGACAUGGCAGAAAUGCAGAGAGUAUGGAAAGAAAAGCUUGAACAAGCUGAAAAAAGAAAACUUCAAGAGACAAAGGAGUUACAGAAAGCAGGGGUCACAUUUCAAAUGGACAACCAUUUGCCGAACCUUGUUAACCUCAGUGAAGACCCACAGUUGUCAGAGAUGCUGCUCUACAUGAUAAAGGAAGGCGUAACUACCAUCGGGAAGCAGGAGCCAAACUCCAGCCACGACAUCCAGUUAUCUGGAGCGCUGAUUGCGGAUGAUCACUGCACUAUCAGGAAUUUUGGAGGAACAGUGAGUAUCAUCCCAGCCAGAGAAGCAAAGACAUAUAUAAAUGGGAUGCACAUCUCGGAGCCCACAGUAUUGCAUCAUGGUGAUCGGGUAAUUCUCGGUGGAGAUCAUUACUUUAGAUUUAAUCAUCCUGUUGAAGUCCAGAAAGGAAAAAGACCAUCAAGUAGAAAUACCCUCACAAGCGAAGGUCCAAAAGACUUUGAGUUUGCCAAAAAUGAGUUACUUACAGCACAGAGAUCGCAGCUUGAAGCAGAAAUAAAAGAUGCCCAGUUGAAGGCAAAGGAAGAAAUGAUGCAAGGAAUUCAAAUUGCAAAAGAAAUGGCUCAGAAGGAGCUUUCCUCCCAAAAAGCUGCAUAUGAAAACAAAAUCCAAGCCCUGGAAGCAGAGCUGAGGGAAGAGUCUCAAAGGAAGAAAAUGGAGGAAGUGAAUAACCAAAAAGCUAGUCACAAAAUAGAGGAGCUGGAAAAGGCGAAGCAGCAUCUUGAACAGGAAGUCUAUGUGAACAGAAGGCGCCUGGAGAUGGAGACCUUGGCUACAAAGCAGGCCUUAGAAGACCAUAGAAUCCGCCACGCAAGGAUCCUAGAAGCUUUAGAAAUCGAAAAGCAAAAAAUUGCUAAAGAAGUACAAAUUCUUCAGGAGAACCGGGGAAACAGGGAUAAAACGUUUGCAAUUCAGCCAAACUGGAGCUCCAUGAAACUCUCCAUGAUGAUCCAGGAAGCCAAUGCCAUCAGUGACAAAUGUAAAAGAUACUAUGUUUUCGGCAGACAUGAUACAUCAGACAGAGGUCGUUCUGAUACUUCCGUUCGAGUUCGUAACCUACAGCUUGGGAUCUCCACUUUCUGGAGUCUGGAAAAGUUUGAAUCUAAACUUGCAGCGAUGAAAGAGCUUUAUGAGAGUAAUGGUGGUGACAAGAGUGAGGAUGUCUUUUGUGACCCUGAAGAUGAGUGGGAACCUGACAUCACAAGCACACCGGUUUCUUCCCUUUCUAAAAGGAGGAGCAGAAGUUUGAUGAAGAAUGGGAGAGUUUCUGGUUGUUUGCAUGACAUACAAGUCCAUCCGACGCAGAAUCUGCAUUCUUCACAUGCGCCAGGCUUAAUGGAAAAACCAAGCACCAUUUGUUCAAACUCAUCAGAAUCAUUUCUUCCUGGAAUUUGCAAAGAAUUGAUUGGCUCAUCGAUAGACUUUCUUGGACAGAGUUUUGAUGAAGAAAAAACUAUAGCAGAUAGCCUGCUAGAUAAUCUUCUUAAGCUGUAUAACGGGCUCUUUGCCAUCUCCAAAGCCCAUGAAGAACAGGAUGAAGAAAGUCAGGACAACUUGUUCUCUUCUGACCGGGCAGCGCAGGCACUUACCAUCCAGAUCUCUUGUGCCUUUGAGCAGCUUGUGGUUUUGUUCAAACACUGGCUGGCUGGUUUCCCACCUUGUACCAGCUCAGCGAGGCUUGAGGAAGAAUUGAGACAAGACAUUAAAAAACUGGGAGGCUAUUUACAGUUGUUUUUGCAGGGAUGCUGUUCGGAUAUUUCAUCGAUGGUAAAAGAGGCUCAAAACAAAAUCUUAGAGAUUAUUCAGCAGGCUGUCUGGUGUGUGAGUCAGCUAGCCGUUCUGAACGGGAGCAAGCUCUGUCUUCUAGAAAACAGCAGCAAGAUUUCUAGUGCCCAGGAAUUCACAGCUGCUCUCCAGGAUGGCGCAGCCUCAGGCAUGAAGAGUCUCAUAGACUCUGGGCUGGAAAAAGCGUGGGAACUCAAGCAAGGCCUCUCAAGGCAGAGUGCACAGGAGGAGGUCGCCAAGCAGAUGAAAGCUAAUGCUGUGACACUGGUCGGGUCUCUUGAAAGUACUUUUGCUGAAUGGAAAACAAAAGGCUUCAGAAUUCAAGUACAAGAAAGCUCUGGACAAGGUUCCAAGAUGUUAACUCUUGCGUCAGAAUUCUUGAAGUUAAAAUACUGCUUGGAGAAGACCAUUGAGAUUAUUGCAUCUGCCCUGAGAGGGUGCCCCACUGACCUGCAUUGUCUCCGAAGCUAUACUGAAACCAUCUGCAGCCUGGCUCGCAAGCUUCACAGAGACUUUGGCGCCUGUGGAGCUACACUGCCUCCUCGUGCUGACUGUGGGGAACUAGAAUCUCUAGCUAAGUCACUCCUCUUAUGUUUUGAAGGUGGAGAAAGACCUAGUUUGUUGAAACCCUGGGCAUCUUGUCACCAGACUAGCAAGGAAGGGCAGUGUAAGUCAGGCAAGCCUGACUGCAGUAGGAGCGUAUCGACCCAUGCUUGUGAACCACACAUAGACGCAUCCCCGCCAGUGUCGUCACAGGACUGCAUCCCCAAUCGGAUUCAGUGGGUGUGAAACCAUUGCACAGGCACUUGGUGACCGCCCAUGACUAAAGAAAACACUCGGUGACAAUUUUCCUCAGUCCGUGACUGUGUGCAGCCUCUUGUUGGGUAUGGAUAAUACAAACAGUGUGGAGUCCUGCUUUCACAAAGCUUCAGUGUACACUCAGAAUUUUAUAGGCAAACAAUUUUUAAACAAAGAGUUUAGCAUGUUGGGACAAUGGCAUCAGAAUGAAAUUAAGGUCUCAGGACAAGUGAGUGAUUGUGUCCCACGGUUCUCAGUGCCUUGAGUUGUAAAUGCUUACCUGUAACGCUGAUACAGCGUCUCUACCUGGCUCAUCAGUCUGUUGGCAGAUGGUUAUUUUCUCAUGAGUGGAUAUCUGAACAGUUGGCUGCUUUGGGCCUAUGCAUUCUCUCCCCCAAGUGUAGCUUAUAAGAUUAGGCGUAUGGCAGAACUCUCAACACGCAUUUAACCAAGGCAGCUUACUAAAACUCUUUGUCAAAGUGUUAACCACUUACCAUCUUCUAUAAUAAACACGAACAUUUUAUUUCUUUUCAAA